AUGGCACACCAGACGGACGGCCAGUCCCCGUCGAAAAAGCUCGAAUCGAAGCUCAAGAAGUCGAAGGGUUCUACAGAGGGAAGUGCAGACGCACAGGAAUCCACUCCCAGUAAAAAAGACACCAAGUCCGACAAGAAGGACAAGAAAAAGCGCAAGUCCAUUUCAGAGGAUGCGGCACCGGAGACAGACGGCGAAUUGAAGAAAAAGAAGAAGCGCCGCCAUACCGAAGAUGACGACCAGAAUGGCAAGGAUGAUGAAUCGCACAAGCAAAAGAAGAAGCGAGUCUCGUUUGGACCUGGAACGAAGGAAUUCGACGGCGACUCCGAGAGCGAAUCGGACGAGACUGACAACAACGACGCUGUCGCAACGGACGGAGCCGACGCGGACAUCGAAGACGCCAGUGACCGGAUGUUCGAAGAGAUGAAGCAGCACAAGCGGGACAAGAAGAAGCAAAGGAAAAAUGGCACCGCGACUGAAGCCCCAAUCCACGAGACGGCUAUUCUCUCCUACCUGAGCCACUACCACCGAGCACGCGCGACAUGGAAGUUCCAAAAGAACCGCGAAACAAACUUGUUCAAGCAUUUGUAUUCGCUUGAGCAUGUUCCCUCUAAGUACAACACAUCGUUGCUGGCGUACAUGCAGGGCUUGAAGGGUGAUGCUGCUAAGCAGCGAAUGAGCGAUGCUGCGAGACAGGUGAUCAAGGCCGAUAUGGAACUCGAUAAGCCGAAGGAUGACGAAGAGGAGAACCAGGAGCCUAAAGUUGCAAACCCUGGGUACCUGGAAGCUGUCAAUGCGUUCCGUGAGUGCUUGCCAACGGGAAAUGAGGACAUGGACAACGUCAACUUCGGAGAAAAGUUGGAGGCCGACGUUCAGAAGCGUUUGCCGAAGAGGCAGCGAGCAGAGCUGGUCUUUUUCGCUGUUGCCGGCAAGCUUUUCAGCGCCGAGGAUUUGAAGAAGCCGAAGAAGCCCAGGGCCGAGCCCCAGGUACCCAAGAAGCGGAAGAACAGAACUAUGGUUGUUGAUAUCAGCAGCAGCAGCGAGGACAGUGAUGAUGAUGCCCCGGCUCCGAAGAAGGCUGUCAGCAAGCCUGCGCCGGACAGCGAUGAUGACACCUCGUCAAGCGGUAGCAGCAGCAGCAGCAGCAGCGACAGCAGCGACAGUGACAGUGACAGCGACAGUGAUAAGAAGGAUAAGAAGCCUUCGGUUGCCCCGGCCCCAGUCCCAGCCCCAGCCCCAGCCAAGAAAAGUGCUGCAAGCACUCCUUCAGCGUCCGCCCCCAAUGGUACUGGAAUGUCGAAGAAGGAUGCCAAAGCUGCCAAGAGGAAGGAGAAGUUUGUACCAGUUCGGGAAGAGAAGGCUAAGCCCGCUGUGCCGAAGAAGACACAGAAGCGAAAGCUUAGGACUGCUCAGAUUGAGAUCUCCAGCAGCGAAAGCGACAGCGAGUAG